AUGGUUACCCACGAGCAGAUCCAGACCUCCAACGCGCAGAUCGUCUCGUCCUUGCCGUCCGGGUUAGUAGCCGUGUUUGUGGGCGCCACCAGGGGUAUCGGCGAAGCGACUUUGAAGCAGUUUGUACGACACGCGGUAGCGCCGAGAGUGUACUUUUUGGGGAGAGAUAGGACGAAUGGAGAGCGGGUGGGCGCGGAACUGGCGAAUCUCAAUCCGGAGGGAGAGUAUCAUUUUCGAAGCGCGGAUGUGAGCCUAUUGGCGAACGUGGAUGAGGUGUGUAGGGAGAUCAAGUGUAAAGAGAGGGUGAUCAACUUGCUGUUUAUGAGUUGUGGGACAACAAUUAUGGGGAUAGACACCAAAGAAUCCCUCCACUACCCCGCCGCCGUCUCAUUCUAUGCCCGCAUCCGCUUCAUUGUCAACCUUCUCCCCGAACUCCAAAAAGCGACGUCCCUCCGGCGCGUCGUCUCCGUUCUCAACGGCACCAAAGAAGGGCACAUCGACACGGGCGACUUCCAGUUCCGGCGCCUCGCCAUGAUGCAAGCCCGCGGGCACUCGGCCUCCAUGAUGACUCUGGCGUUCGAGUCCCUGGCACUCGAAGCCCCCGACGUCUCAUUCGUCCAUACCUUUCCCGGACUUGUGAGGACGAAAUUGGGACAGGACACCAACCGGGCGGCCAUCACAGUUCUGAGGGGAGUGUUCAAGGUGAUCGGACCGCUGUGUACGAUUCCCGUGGCGGAGGCGGGCGGGAGGCAGUUGUUUAUGGCUACGUCUGCGAAAUUUCCGGCGAGAGAGGGAAGGGAUAUUGAGGAGACGAUGGCCAGGGGAACAGAUGGCAAGGAAGGCAGUGGGGUUUACUCGGUUAGUAACGAUGGCGAAGGGUUGAGCGCCAAGACGGAGGAGGCGUUGAGGGUGAUGAGGGAGGAGCAGGAUAUGGUGAGGAAGGUGUGGUUGCAUGUUGAGGACGAGUUUGUGAGGAUCACGGGAUGUGCUUUUGUGGCAUAA